AUUUUUCGUUUUCUUUUAACAAUAAAAGAUAAAGAAAGAAAAAGAAAAAAAUUAAAUAAAUAAGAAAAUUUUAAACCAUUUAAAGUGUAAAUCAGAAAAUUGAGAACAAAACGAGAAAAUAAAAAUUGAAUUUUAAAUUUGCAAUCGUUAAUGCUCGUAUGAGUCGUUGUCGUUUGAGACUUUUUCAUUUCUCAUUCCCUCUUAUUAUUAGCACUGUUCAAUUAUAUAUGGUUUUGGUCAAAUAUAAUUGAAGUUCGAUAUGCGAUAAGAGUACGACGCGCCUCUUUAUUUCAAGAUCAAUCAACUCCUUAAUGUUAUAUACAAUUCAGUUGUAAAAUUUAUGUAUUUUAUAAGAAAACAAAAGAAAAAUACAAAAAAAAAAAACAAAAGAAAUUUUCAUUUAUAAUUCAAUAAAUCGUAUAUAAUAUGAAAAUGAAUAAAUAAAAUAAAAAAAAACUUGUUUUCUCAUACAAAUUUCGUUUUAUAUUUUGUUAUUAAUAAAAAUAGGCAAAAAAAAAAUAAAACACAAAUAUUUUGAAAACUCGAAGAGAUCAGACAAAGGAUUUUUUCCUAUUACGUUUUUUGUGAAAUUUAUUAAAACAGAAAAUUUUAUAAAGAAAAUUAAAAGAAAAAAGAAGAAAAUAUAAAAAGCAAAAUUUUUCAAUAUACUAAACACACUUACAUAUUAUGUUUAAAAACGAAUGAAAAUUAUUUAAAAUGGGUAGUACACAAUCAACUUCAGACGAAAACUACAAUAGCAGUAACGCAACUGCAAAUAAUAAUAAUAAUAAUAUUACAAAUAAUAACAUAAUAGUAGAUCAUUGGUGGCCAAUUGAAAAUAAUGAUAAUUUUACAUUGGAACAACCAAAUUUAAAUGAAAUUAUAAAUGAAUUAAGUGAUUUUAAUAAUAGAAAUAUUAUUACAAAUAAUAAUAAUAAUAAUAAUUCAAAUAACAGUAAUUCAAAUAUUUUAAUUGAAAAAGAAAAAGAAGAUAAUAGUGAUCUAUUAAUUAUUAAUAAUAAAAAUAUUAGUGAUACAAAUUUUUUAAUUGAAAAUAAAAAUAUUAAAAAGAAUUCUAUUUUAAUACCAUCUACAUCAUCAUCAUUAUUAAAUGAUGUUAUUGAAGAUGAUAAUGAUAAUAAAUUAUUAAAGAACCAUAACUAUUCUUCACCAAUAAUUAAUAAUAAAAUUAAACAAAAAGAACAAACAUUAGAAGAAUUUAAAGAAGAAUUAAAAGCUAAAAGAAUGGAAAGACAAACAGCAAUUACAGAUUUAAGAAAUGAAUUAUCACGUUUACGUUGUCAAUUAGCUGAAGAACGUGAAAUAAAUAGAAAAUUAAAAAAUGGUGAAUUAAAUAUUACAUCAACUACAACAACAACAACAACAACAAAUAAUGACAAUAAGAAAAUAUUAAUUGAUGCAUGUGUUUCAACAAAUGAUAAUGAUCAUUUAAAUAUUGAUAAUAAUAAUGAUGAUAUUAUUACAAAUGAUAAUCCUAAUAAUAGUAAUAAUGAUCCAAUUAUAGCUGAAAAUACACAAUUUGAAAUAUCAUUAAAAGAAAUGGUUAAACAAUUACAAAAAGAUUUAGCUGAAACACAUUAUAAUUUACAAAUGACAAAUUCAGAAAAUUUAACAUUAAAUUCUGAAGUUGGAGUAUUAAGAAAACAAGUCACAUCCCUGAAAGAUGUUAUUACAUGCAGUAAACAAAUGAUUGAUGUUAGAGAGGAGCAAGUAACACAGUUAAAAGCUAAGCUCACUCAAAUUGAAGAAUCAUUAGCUGACCGUGAAACAAAAUUACUUUCAGAGGAUUUACGACGUGAGUAUGAUAAACAAAUGGAAAAUAUACGAAAUCUACGUCAAUUAUAUGAGGAAAGAGCUCGUGUUUGCGCAGCCGAACGUGAGAAUCUUUUACGACAAAUUCAAAUUAAAAAAGAUGAAUUGGCAAGUGAAACUGAAAAAACUAAAAAUCUCGAGGAACGUAUUGAUACAUUGGAAAAGGAUGUCCAAGAUAAACAAAAGAUAAUUGAAGAGAAAAAUUCUGAAUAUGGUUCUCUUAAAUAUGAAAAUCGUGAAUUAAAAGAAGAAAUGAAUGCUAUAAAUUUGCUUUUCAGUCAAAUGUUAAUGGGUUUCAAUGGAAACAAUUGUUUAGAUAUAGAUCGUUUAACAGUAAUGCUAGAAGAGAAUCGAACAUUGUUAAAUGAAAUGGCAACAAAGGAGGCUAACUAUGAAGGUGCAAGUCUACCAAAAUUGCUAUUUGAUAUUGUUAAACAAGUAAAUGAUAAUGAUGAUACUGUUGAUAAUAGUUUAAAUAUAGUAUCAACUGUGGAAUGUCCUACAACAUUAUUAAAUGAUGUUCAAAAUAAGAAUAAUUCUAUUACUUGUAAAGACAAUGAAAAUACAUUAUUACAAGAAGUGGCCGGAACUGCAUCUCUAGAUGUAAAACAAGAAGAAAAUUUGUCAAAAUCAAAAUUAUUGUCAGAAGCAGUUAAAUCAGAAUCAUUACAAAUGGGAUUGUUGAAAGGAACUACAACAUCAGAUAUUAAUUCAUUAGAUUCAAAAGAAUCUUCUAAUAGCAUAAAUGAAAGUAAAGAAAAAGAUAUAAACCCUAAUUCAUUGGAGGUUGAACAAGAAAAUGCAUGCCUUGAAGAGAAAAAUAAUGCAGAUAGAGUUGUUUCUGCUCAGGAAAUUAUUGGUAAUUUACCAAAAGUUUGGAGAGUCAUUAUGGAAUUAUUAAAUCAUCAGAAAAUUGAAAAAGUUGAUUUUGUUGAAAAUGGUCAAAAUGAAGAAUGUUAUAAAUUAAUUCAAACACCAAAUGGUACAAAAUCAGAAUUAAGUGUUAGUAAAACUUACAUUAAACUAAAGAAUUUGAUUUUGGAGAAGAAAUCAUUGGUUAAAGAAACAAAUCGUUUAAAAACAUUAAAUUCACAUUUAGAAUAUCGAUUAAAUGAACAGGAGAAACGUCUCAGUGCUGUUAGUUUAGAAUUACAAAAAACGUGGCACUUAGUUAGUAAAAUGCAACGUCAACACAGACAAUUACAUACACAUGAACAGAUAUUAAGAUAUCAAUUACAACAAAAACGCCGGUUACUCAACGAACUAAAAGAGGAAUUGGAAUAUUGUAGAAGAAAAUGGGCUGCAGCACGCGCUAAAAAUAUGGAAAGUCAAAUUCAAUGUGAUGAUAUGCGUAAAGAAUUCGCUAAAAGACGUCUUGAGGAUUCAAAUAAUUCAGCCGAAAGCGGUUAUAGUGAUGGUGCCGGCUCUGGAACCGAUGAAGAUGAAAAAGAUUUCGAACAGAAUAAGAAUAAUAAAAUACCGCCACAUAAAUUUGUUCAUGAUUUUAUUGAAAAUUCUCGUAUUCUUGAAAGACGUAAUAGUUUAUCUCCUAUUCGAACCAUCGCAGAUACUAAUUUAACAAGAUGGCAAAGUUCUCCUGCUGUUGAUACACCAGUUUCAUUUUUGACUGAACAAAUUACAAAUAAUGAUGAUUUCGAUAAUGCUAUUGAAUCACAGACUGCUACUGAAAUAAAUGUAGAAUCAGUUUCAACUGGUGCAAUACCAAAGCAAAUUGCAAGUGGUAGCGGAACAACUCAAUCAACUGCGAAUGAUUCAUCUGAACCUGAUCGUACUGAAAGAAUACAACGUUUAGAAAAUCAAUGCAAAUCCUUAAUAGCAAGAGUAUUAGAAACAUCUGAUUGCCGUGAAAAAUUGGAAUUACAAAUUAAACGUUUUCAAGAUGAAAUGCCACCGGUUCAACAUCCAGUUCCUCUAAAUGAAUUCAUUCAAAAUAAUAAAAGAAAGAAAUCUCCUUCUCCUGAAACAAGUACAUCAACUCAAGAAGUAAAUACUAAUAAGGGAGUGUUAACAGAAAGAGAAGAAGAAUAUACACGUAGACGUACCGAACGCAUACAACGUUUGGAAAGUGAAAGUAAACAAUUAAUAUCUUCAAUUAGAAAAGCUAAUGACCGUGGUUCUACAAUGAUAAUUAAAUUAAGAGAAUUACAUGCAAGACGUACUGGAAGUCGUGAAGGAAGUACUGAUAGGUCUACUGAUGAAAGUGAUAAAAAUAGUACAGCCAGUGGAACAGCAACUGCAAGUGAAAAAUUAAACGAAUCAAUUGAUCAAUUUAAAAGUAGAAGUGAAUCAAUGUUGGGUAGAUGUGCUGAACGUUUAAGGAGAUUAGAAGAAGAAGGUCAAAUGUUAUUAUCUAAGUGGACUAAAAACUCAGAACGUGGAACUGAAUUAGAAAAUAAGUUAGAUUCAAUACAUUCUCGUUAUGCCAAUAAAACAAAUUCAAGUGAUACAAAACGUAAUGAAAAUGAUGAGAACGGCGGUGCUAGUGCUACAACGAGCAGCGCAAAAUCCUCACGUCCAGAAUCACCAAAAACAGUAGAAGAAAGGUUGAAAGAAGUUCAGGAUAAAGCGAAUUCCCGAAAUGAACGUAUCAAACAAAUGGAAAUUGAAAGCGCAGAACUUAUCACAAAAUUAACAAAAACUUCUAAUAGAGGCUCCAGCAUGAUAAAUCGUUUAUCGGAGAACAGAGAAAGAAGAAAUAGUCUUAAGAAAGAACAAGAAAAAUUAAAAAUGGAUAGAAAAAGUGCUAGUAUCGAUGAUGAUAGUGAUAUUGUAGUUAAAGGAAAUCAAACUGAUUCUAAGCAAAGUACUGAUACAAAUAAUGAAAAAGAAGAAGCUUCAGCGACAAAUAUUAGUAGUAGAUCAACUGGUGCCAAACCAAAGGUUAAAACUUUACCAAAGACUGGUGUUGCAGCUGUAACUUUAUCAGCUCAUAGCAGAUCCAAAGAACAAAAAUCGGUAGAAAAACAAAAUAAAAGUGGUGAUACCGAAAGUCUUGAAGAAAUGUUUAUGCGUUUAAGUGGCCUAUCAACACCUGGUAAUUCAAGUAAAACUGAACAAGUAAAUGAACAAAAGACUGACAAAAGUGAUGAUGAUCAGUCACCCCCAGAUGACAAAAAAGAAUAAAAAUUAAAUUAUUAAAUGAAGAAAUUUUAAAUUUUUUAAGUCCUCAUAUUUUAUAAAUGCGUCUAUAUUAUAUUUAACUAAAAAUAUUUGAAAAGCUUAAAUUUAAUAAUAUUUGAAAAGAACUUGAGAUUUAUUUUGAAUGUGGUUUAAUUAUAUUUUUUCAUAUUAAUAUUUAUAUUUAUAUAUAUAUAGAUAUUAUAUAUAUAUUCAAUUAUUUUUAUUAAGAUUUAUAAAUAAAAGAAAAUUUUUUUUAUAAAACAA